ACUGAAAGAAAGAAACAAAAAAGAUAUUGUCUUUCUUCUUCAUUUUUAUAAAAAAGACAAGAGAGCAGCGUAUUUCUUGUUCUCUUAUUAUUAACAAAUCGGAAAGUGAACGCAGUCAAUGAUUGAUUGGCAGAUGAAGAGAAGGAAACGAGCAUCAGCAUCAUAAUAAUAAACGAACAAAUACAAAGAAGAGAAGGGAAGGGAAGAGAAGGGAAGAGAAGAACCCUUCAAAUGGGUUUCUCUCAAGACAAUUUGAAAGGGUUUGUUUUGGCUUUGUCGUCAAGUGCGUUUAUUGGUGCUAGCUUCAUUAUUAAAAAGAAAGGCCUUAGAAGAGCUGCUGCAGCUUCUGGUGUUAGAGCUGGUGUUGGUGGGUUCUCAUAUCUCUUAGAGCCACUAUGGUGGUUGGGCAUGAUCACAAUGAUUGUUGGAGAGGUUGCAAACUUUGUUGCAUAUGCGUUUGCUCCAGCAGUUCUUGUAACCCCCCUCGGCGCGUUGAGUAUUAUUGUCAGUGCUGUGUUGGCUCACUUUAUCUUGAAUGAGAAGUUACACCAACUAGGGAUCUUGGGUUGUGUGAUGUGCAUUGCUGGUUCUAUUGUAAUUGUGAUCCAUGCACCACAGGAGAGCCCUAUAACUUCUGUGCAGGAAAUAUGGAGUAUGGCUACCCAACCAGCUUUUUUGCUUUAUGUGGGUUCAGUGAUUGUGUUGGUUUUCAUUAUGAUCUUCCAUUUUGCUCCACAAUGUGGUCACUCAAAUGUGUUAGUGUUCACCGGCAUCUGUUCAUUUAUGGGUUCUCUUUCGGUGAUGAGUGUUAAGGCUGUUGGAACUGCACUGAAAUUAACGUUUGAAGGAAACAACCAAUUACUCUAUCCAGAGACUUGGUUCUUUGUGUUUAUUGUGGCCACAUGUGUCAUCACGCAAAUGAAUUAUCUAAACAAGGCACUUGAUACGUUCAAUACUGCAGUUGUCUCCCCCAUUUAUUAUGUCAUGUUCACGUCACUUACAAUUCUUGCCAGUGUAAUCAUGUUCAAGGAUUGGGAUGGCCAGAAUGUGGGAAGCAUCAUAUCAGAAAUAUGUGGCUUCAUUGUUGUUCUCUCAGGGACCAUCGUAUUACACACAACCAGAGAGUUUGAAAGAAGUUCAUCCUUUAGAGGUAGUUAUGCAUCUUUAUCCCCUAGAUGCAAUGGUAAUGGAGAAUUUAUGAAGCAUGAGGAGGAGAAUUUGUUACCUGAUGAAGCAGUUUUCUUUCAGAGACAAGAAAUGCACUAGAUGUGUACCUCAAAAAGAAUCCCUCCUUCAUGUACGUUCAUGCAAGGCAUAAUCCGUAUCUCAGACUCUUUGACAGCAUUCCUGUGCGAUGGUUUUGUUACCACAGAAUGUCUGGUUACUUCCAAACAGAAAGCGAACGAACUUACAUCGAGGAGGUUGUUUUGUGUCCCUCAGAAAUCCUUGAAAUCUCGUUUUCUUAAUUUUCUCUUUUUCUGUAAGUUAUGGGAGAAAUUAUUCAAUAACCCUGGAGGAGUAAUGUCUUCAUUUCACUUGCGAUCUACAAGUGAAUUGCACUUGAAUCUGAGACGAGGAAACUCUGAAUCUAGUGAUACUUGUACAGUGUGUUUGAGAUUGCCGAUGUAAAGGAUGGUUUAUUCAGCUUCUUUAAUUGUCAAUGGCGGAGUAAAGAGAGUGAUCAGAAGACCCAGAAACCUAUUUUAGUGAAGAAGGGUUUGGAUGGUGUCUAUGCCCUGCAACUGGUAUAUUGGAAACUUGAGCUCUGAGGUGGUUUCUGUUGUUAGUUAACCUUGUCCCAUAGGUUCCUUUCUUUGAGAACAGGCAAAACCAGAGAUUCUUGUAGUAUUAUAUUUGUUUGUAGAUUGUUUGAUUUCUUAUAAUAAUUGAGCAAAGAAUGAGGCGUGUAUCUGUCAUUUUAGCAAGACAGGAAUUUGUGAAAAUGAAAUAUUAUUCUUCA